AAAGCGGACGCGCCGACAUCUUUCCCGUUCGCUUCUUUCAUUCAACGGCAGGCCUUCACGAUGUCCACGAACGCGUCAUCGUCUUCGUUCGACUACGUCUACAUGGAGAGCCCCUUCCAAGGCUUGGGAAACGGCGGGCACGCCUUCUUUGCCUUCUUCCUCCUCGUCUACGCCGCCACGCUCACGGGCAACUCCCUCCUCCUGACCGUGAUCAUCACGGACCGCUCGUUGCGUAGGCCCAUGUACGUGAUGCUCGCCAACCUCGUCACCAGCGACCUCAUCGGCAGCACUGCGACGCUGCCGCGCAUCAUGUGCAACAUCGUCGCCUCCAACGCCAUCAGCCUGCCCGAGUGCUUCGCGCAGAUGUUCUUCACGCACGUCUACGGUGUCCUCUCGAGCUUCUCCCUCUCUGCGAUGACCGUCGACCGCUACCUGGCCAUCUGUCAGCCGCUGCGCUACCACACGCUCAUGCAUAACGCGCGAGCGCUCAAGGUGAACGCGGCGCUGGCCUCGGUGUCCGUGAUGCUCAUCCUCAUAAUGAUGUUGCUGAUCGUGCGGCACAGCUUCUGCAAGGAGAUGGUGAUCCACAUGCCCCACUGCGACCACAUGACCAUGGUGGCCCUGGCCUGCGACGACGUCACCGCCAACGAGUUCUACGACCUCAUCACCAAGCUGCUGGGGCUGGGCGGCUGCCUGGCCAUCGUGCUUGUCGCCUACCUGCGCAUCGCGUUCGAGUGCCGUCAGCGGGCCACGCGCGAGGGCCAGGCGAAGGCCGUGCGGACAGUGGUCACUCACCUGCUGGUGGUGCUCAUCUUCUUCAUGUCGGGCCUCCUCAUCGUGGUGGUGCACCGCUUGCAGAAGGUCUUCAACAUGCCGGUGAACGUCAUCGUCUACCUGGUGGUGAACUUCCACACCCUGCCCGCCCUGAUGAACCCCAUCAUAUACGGCCUGUGCUCGGCCGAUAUCCGGAGGGCCAUCGCCAGGCUGGUGAGACGCAGAGUGGGGCCCGCUGAAUGA